GUCAUGAAAACAACAACGCGCGGAGCUUUCUGAAACAGAUCGGCGGAAAGGUUUCAUUAUGUCUUAUUUAAAAUAAUCAAUAAGCAAACGUUGUUUGUAGCAAGGGAGCAAGGGCUUGCGCAAGCAGGGGACAUUUGGGCAGCAUUAAGCCAAAGGACGUUGUUGUAUUAGAUUUGUGUUGUGAUGGCAGCUUCUUUACCUCAGAAGCCUGGGAUGGCAGGGAUGCCCCCUCAGCAGCAGCCCCACCUGCCCCCCAGUGCUGCUGCAGCCCAGGGUCAGCAGCCCAUGCCCCCCCAGGGAGCCCUGAGAGAGAUCUCCCCAGUGUUCCUCUGUCGGAUUGGACAGGAGACAGUCCAGGACAUUGUUACUCGCACCAUGGAGAUCUUCCAGAUUACACGAGCUACUCAGCUUCCUAAUGGUGUGACUCAGAGCCAGGCAAUGUAUCAGGAUCGCUUUGGGAAGCUCCAGGAACACCUACGACAGCUUGCCCUCCUCUUCCGAAAGCUUCGGCUCCUGUACGAACGCUGUGUGGAGAUGACCUCUGACCUGCAGGAGGGGCCAGCAGAGCUUGUGCCAUAUGUUGGAGAGGAGCUGGUUUCUGUCAGAGUGGAGCCCUGCAGUCCUGCUGUCAACCAGGAGAGAAAACAAGUUCUAGAGAAGGUACGCCAGAAGAACCAGGAAAUGAAAGUUCUGAUGGAUCAGAUGAGGAACCUGCUGUGGGACGUCAAUGCCAUGCUGACGCUCAGGAAAUGAUAACUCUCCGUUAGAGCCACACUUUGUUUAAGAGAUGAGUCCCUCCACAGCCAUACAGACUGCAUAACGGCAAACACCAGGUGACAUAAGGGAAUUUCUGUUGGAUUUUGGAUAUGGGACCUUCCACUUUCGGUGCACCUCCUUUGUGUUGUCACUUUGUCACUGAAACUGACUCAUUACUCACAACUACACCUAAUACCUUCUUUUGUUAUCUGUUAUAUUGAAGCCGUUGAGAGGAAAACUAUUCAUGAGUUAGGAUGAGGCUUAGCUGAAAGCUAAAAAGAAAAAAAUAAGCUUGUUUCAACCUGAAACACUCCAACUCCAAGAAUUGUUCUGUUUUUUUUUUUGUACAAGGCAACCUCUUUUGUGAUUGCAAAAUGCUCUGCAAAAGUUGUCUGUGUUUAUUCAAAUGAGUUAUGGACUGCUGUUUUCAUACUUUUUAAAUAAUGAGUUGAAACCUGUAAUGCCUCAGGUAAAAACAAAAAAAAAAGUUUUCUUAAAACACCGUAUUCAUGGUGUUUUGCCCCCAGGUGUUGACUCAGCACCAGACAGGCUUGAAUUCACUGCAGGUAAUUCUUGUAGAAAGCACA